AUGACUUCGCCUCCCAUCACCAUUUUAAUCAGAAAACAUUGUUUCGAAGAGGUCACAGAAGAACACAAACGUGAUCCUAAACUUCACGUUAACAAAGUUAUGCUCAAACUUCCCUUUAAAAUCUUUUGCCAAGCGCCGUCGUUUUACGUUGUAUACAAUAAGAGUACAUCAGCAAUUAAAUAUAUUGUUUUUUAUACACUUCACGGCAGCCGGUUUCUAUAUGGA